AAAAAUUUUAGAAGCAAUCCAGAGGAUGCGGAGGUUAAACGUAGACACACCAACGAGCGCCAGAGAAGCUUUCCGGGCUGGUGGAGUAGAUCUCACCCGCGGCUGUGAUUGGACUCUUCUGGCAUCUUGCGGAUUCGAUGGAUCUAGACGAGAGAUCGAGAUAAAUGGUGGAGACAAUGGAUCCGUGGUCGAUCCAAAGACAGUUCUCGACGACGGAGACCAAGAAGAGGAGCAAGUUUACUUCGGGGGUGAAACCCGAGAUAGAGAGAGGGUAGUAGACCAUGGGUGGUUUGCGGAAGCAGAGGAUGGCGACCAAGCGAAGACGACGCUGUGGAGCGGCUAGGGAGACGGUCGAGUGGUAGAGAGUGACGGAGCUUUUGUGGUCGCUUCUAAAACCGAAAGGAGCAGAUUGGAUGUGAGCUUUUUGGAACGUGAUGAUAUAUCGCGGAUUUUCUGGUUCUGAAACUUGAGAAGAGUUUCCAGACGAACCCUAGGCUGAAGUUAAAUGGCCCAAGAUCGAUUUCAGGUCAUGCGGAAGCUGUUCUUUAUGUUUCAUUUAUUCCUGAUGGCAAGCAAUUAGCAAGUGGGUUAGGGAACACCAUUGUUAGGCUUUCGGAUCUUAAAAGUGAAAAGUCAUUGUUUACUUGCAAAUGUUAAAAGGUUCCCUCGCUAUCAUCCUGCAUUUUACUCCCCUCUGUAGCUUUCUAUUAAUAGUUAUAAAUUUUGUGUAAAUGAGUAAAAAGAAGAGCAGUUUCGGAACUCGUUUACUAAUUAAAUUAGUAAACUUUUG